GACCGAGCCAGAGGCCAGAAGGGCAGGAGACCGGACCAAAAAAGGACAGCCUGGAGCUCGACGGAGCUGCAGCACCGAAAGUGGAACGCAUCCACAACUCGAUCGGCCACCGCAUCCCCAAGACCUUGCUUUCGGGCCACCUGGCGCAAACGGCAAUUCAGUUGCACUCGACCGCACCGGAUUCUGAUUCUUGGGAAAGCAUUGUUCCCAAAGCGUCUCUGAUUAUGAGCCAGGUCAUCUUCUCCGAACAAGGUCCCCGGUGACGAGUCUCGACGACACAGUGCGAAGCGAGCAUUUCGUGGCUCCCGACCGCUCCAACACUGCUCCAACACCGCCCGACAAACGAGGUCGUCCGUCCCUCGCCACUCGCCGAUUUGACCCGGCUACAGCCAUCGGGGGAGAAUCGCGACUGAGAUGGCCGACUACUCCAUGUACCACGCCCUCGGCCAGGGCGAGGUCCUCGACCCCAACGACCCGACCCGAACGAGCCAACCUGCCCCGCCGCAGUUCCAACCCCCCGUUGCUCCGAACCCCUAUCAGCAAGCCGCCGGCCAGCAGCCCUACUAUGGCGCCCCUCCGCCGGCCGGUUCCCUGGUGCCGCCCCAGGCUCCGGGAUACGGGCCGCCCCAGCCCGGCGGUUACCCCCAGCAGGGACAGCAGCCCCCUGCCGGGGACGGAGGCUUGGUCGCGCAGAUGGGUGGCAUGACCCUCGGCGCCGAUGCAGGGACCGGCGCAGGGACCGGCACGGUCAGGAAGAAGAAGAAGGACCGCCACGCAUACCACACGGUCGAGGCCCCCGCCGGCUCGUCCCAGCCGUUCAACGGCAUGCCCCCCGCAGGCACGCCCGCCACCCCCUACCUGAACGCCGAUCCUUCGGCGGCCGCCUCCCGAUACGGCCCUGGCGCGCCCACCCCGCAGAUGAGCCAAUUUCCGGCACCCGUCAGCCCGGCCUUUGUGCCCUUCCCCGCCUCCCCUGCCGAGUUCGCCGCCAGGAGCGGAUAUGCCGACCCCGCGCCGUCGCCGAGCAUGGUCCCUGCCGCCGCCGGGCAGACCCGAGUGUCUCCCGACGAGAUGCCGAGCGUGCCCCUCUCCCGCGACUCGGUCCAGCAGUACUUCCUCAGCAAUGUGUACCCUACCUUUGAGCGACUGGUUCCGCCGCCGGCUACCGUCUCCUUCGUCGCCUUCGACCAGGGCAACGCCUCACCCAAGUUCGCCCGCCUCACCUUGAACAACAUCCCCGCCACGGCUGACGGGUUGAAGAGCACAGGCCUGCCCCUGGGCCUCGUCCUCCAGCCGCUGGCUCCGCUCCAGGCGGGCGAGCUCGACAUCCCCGUGCUCGACUUUGGCGACGCCGGCCCGCCUCGCUGUCACAGGUGCCGCGCCUACAUCAACCCGUUCAUGAUGUUCCGCUCCGGCGGCAACAAGUUCGUCUGCAACCUGUGCGGCUACGCCAACGACACGCCUCCCGAGUACUUCUGCGCAACCAGCCCCCAGGGCGUCCGCGUCGACCGCGACCAGCGGCCGGAGCUCGUCAGGGGCACCGUCGAGUUCGUCGUGCCGAAGGAGUACUGGACCAGGGAGCCCGUCGGCAUGCGCUACCUCUUCCUGAUCGACGUGACCCAAGAGUCGUACAACAAGGGAUUCCUCGAGGCUUUCUGCGACGGCAUCCUGCGCGCCCUGUACGGCGGCGGGGAUGACGAGAGGGACGAGAACGAGAACGGCGAGGUCAGGAGGCGGAUCCCGGCGGGCGCCAAGGUCGGCUUCGUGACCUACGACAAGGAAGUCCACUUCUACAACGUCAGCCCGGCGCUGGAGCAGGCCCAGAUGAUGAUCAUGCCCGAUAUCGAAGACCCCUUUGUCCCCCUGGGCGAGGGCCUGUUCGUAGAUCCGUACGAGUCCAAGGCGGUCAUCAGCUCGCUGCUGACUCGCCUGCCCCAAAUGUUCUCGACCAUCAAGAACCCCGAGCCGGCGCUGCUGUCGACUCUCAACGCGGCCGUCGCCGCUCUGGAAGCGACGGGCGGCAAGAUCUUUUGCUCCCUGUCGGCGCUUCCCACCUGGGGCCCCGGCCGGCUGUUCUUGCGGGACGACGGCAAGCAUCCAAGCGGCGAGCCCGAUAAGAAGCUCUUCAGCACCGAGCAUCCCGGCUGGAGGAAGACGGCCGAGAAGAUGGUGUCCGUUGGUGUUGGCGUCGACUUCUUCAUGGCCGCCCCGUCGGGCGGCUACCUGGAUAUUGCUACAGUCGGUUACGUGUCUGCUACCACUGGCGGUGAGACGUUCUACUACCCCAACUUCAUCGCCCCGCGAGACAACACCAAGCUGGCGCUGGAGAUCAAGCACGCGGUAACGCGCGAGACGGGUUACCAGGCGCUCAUGAAGGUCAGAUGCUCCAACGGGCUGCAGGUGUCGGGCUACCACGGCAACUUUGUCCAGCACACCUUCGGCGCCGACCUCGAGAUUGGCGUCAUCGAUGCCGACAAGGCCCUCGGGGUGACCUUCACCUACGACGGCAAGCUCGACCCGAAGCUCGACACGCACUUCCAGGCCGCCCUACUUUACACAUCGGCGUCGGGCCAGCGGAGGGUGCGGUGCAUCAACGUGAUCGCCGGCGUCAGCGAGAACGCCCGCGACAGCAUCAAGUUCAUCGACCAGGACGCCGUCUACACGCUCCUCGCCAAGGAGGCGUCGACCAAGCUGGCCACCACGUCCAACACGAUCAAGGACAUCCGCCUGAGCCUCGCCGAGAGGGCCAUCGACGUGCUCGCCAACUACCGGAAGAACUUCCUCUCGCAGGCGCACCCGCCCGGGCAGCUGGUCAUGCCCGAGCGGCUCAAGGAGUUCUCCAUGUACAUGCUCGGCCUGCUCAAGUGCCGCGCCUUCAAGGCCGGCUCCGAGUCGACGGACCGGCGCGUGCACGAGAUGCGCAUGAUCCGCUCCAUGGGCGCGCUCGAGCUCGGCCUGUACCUCUACCCCCGCAUCAUCCCCCUGCACAACCUGCAGCCGGACGAGGGCUUCCCGGACCCCCAGACGGGCCACCUGCGCAUGCCGCCGGCCAUGCGCGCGUCCUUCUCGCGCGUCGAGCCGGGCGGCGUCUACCUGGUCGACAACGGCCAGCAGACGCUGCUGUGGAUGCACGCCCAGACGUCCCCCAACCUCAUCGCCGACCUGUUCGGCGACGACAAGACGUCCCUGCAGAGCCUCGACGCCUACACGUCGUCCAUACCCGUGCUGCAGACCCACCUCAACGCCCAGGUCCGCAACAUCAUCGAGUUCCUGCGCACCAUGCGCGGCUCCAAGGGCCUGACCAUCCAGCUCGCCCGCCAGGGGAUCGACGGCGCCGAGUACGAGUUUGCCCGGCUGCUGGUCGAGGACCGGAACAACGAGGCGCAGAGCUACGUCGAUUGGCUGGUGCAUCUGCACAAGGGGGUACAGCUGGAGCUGGCCGGCCAGAGGAAACGGGAGGACACGAGCGAAUCGUCGGCGCUGUCGAGUUUUACGGGGCUGAGGCCUUCGUAUUGGUAGCCCGGUAGCCUGUGAGCUGGGUGAAAAAGGGGGUUGGGGAAGAUGAAAAGCGGGUAAAGUACACACACGUACAUACAUUACGUCCAUCUGCUUGUCUCCAGACUCUUAAGAGCAGAUCGAUCGAGAUACCAAGAUACGGAUAUGAUUGUGAUACCAUCGGACGUUUGCUGGGUGCUUGCUCCCUCCUAGUACCAUACCAUACCCUACACUUGCGAGGUUUGCAUCGCGGGGCGCAUCGUCUUGUCACGGGUUUCCCCAUGUUUGUCUCGCGUGUGGCCAUAUGUAUGUAUGUACAUACACAUACCUGCAUGCAUACACUACGCG